AUGGAGACAUCAAGAGUUACUGUUAGCGCACUUAUAUAUGUUUUAUUGUUCGGUCAGACAAUAAUCUAUGGAGAAGAAGUUGAGAUGAAGGUCAGACCAGGAGACAACAUCACUCUUCACUGCGAUCGUCCUUUUACUCAUGGUAACAUCAUUGUAUGGAUAAGAAACUGCUCUCAUGAACAUCAACCCUCUCUCAUAAUAGAUUAUAACAUGAUUUACAGAGAUACCCUCCAACAUUUUAGCUUUCUUAAAAACCCCAACAUUCAUUCAUUUGAUCUACAUAUUACUAACAUCACAGUCUCUGAUCUGGGAAUCUACUAUUGUGCUGAAUAUGAGAAAACGGUAAAUAAAGAUGAAAAGGGCAUUAUAUACCCAUCUGAUGUGUACUAUUAUGGAAACCAAACAACACGUCUUUCUCUUGCUGAAGUGUCUUCUGGACUCUUCACCACCAUCUCUCCUCCUCCUCCUGUAUCAGACACCUGUUUUCUCUGCUGGAUGCUGUUGGUCAGUGUUUGUGUUGUGUGUUUUCUCCUCUGCUUCAUCUGUGUCUACUGCCGCUAUCAGAGGAAAACUACAGAUGGUGGAACUGAUCACAAGGAAAAGAUAAAAAGUAGAAACACUUCUGAGGGUGAUUUGUGUGAAGAGGGUGAAGAGGUGUGUUAUGCUUCCUUGGAUGUGACAACCAGAAGACAGAAACAACUGAUGAAGAAACAACAGCAGAGUUCAGACUUCAGUAUUUAUGCUCCGGUCAGAACAGACACAGUCUAAUGAGGAUACCAGUGGCGGUUCUAGACAAAUUUUACCAGGGGGGCCAAUGAGGGGCCAGUGUUUAACCAGAGGGACACAUUAAAAAACGGCAACAAACAAUAUUUAAAGAUUUUAACAUUUAUUUUACUUUACAACCAUAUAAACAUUUAUUUUGUACAAGAGUGAGUGCAGAUGCAAAAGAAGUAGAGCCAUUAAACUACAAUACAGGGUACAACAAUAAAUUGAAUUUGAAUAAAGGCAGAAAGGUUUUUAUUAAAGAGUAACUAAACCCUAAACCAACUUUUUUUUUAGUUAAUGAUCUGUAAGAAUGAAGCUUUAUUAGUGGUGUUCAUUGAUUUUAGUACGUUUUUUGACAUUUGGAUAUAACAUGUUUCAAUACUACAAUAUGUGGUAAAAAAGAGUGCUGCCCUCUUCAGGUUGAACGGUGGCUACUGCAGUUUAAUUUUCCUAUUGGGAUGUUGGGUUUUUUGAUAAUUCCUGCCUAUCCUGCCUUUAAGCAGCCACGUCACAGGAUAAUAAGUGAACAGUGGCUGUUUCUCAAUAUGCACACUGGUGGCCAGGGACAUGUCUACAGAGGCACUCCAUGUAGAACCGCAACUAGAGGAUACUGAUGAACUUUCAGAAAUCAAGUUGUUUUUAUCACUGUAACAUUUUGACAAACAUACCUUGUGAUGUAAGCAGGUUCAAGCUCACCAUGCCCUUGUUACGAUCUCACCACACACUUAGUUCGUCCCAUCUAUCUCGGUUGGGAUCUGCCCACUUUUCUUGCAUUUUUCAAAUUUUGCCAGUGGGUGGAGUCAGGCUGUGACCAGAGAUUUAGUUACGCUUUAAGGAAGCACCGAAAUGAAAAUUUUUGACCAAAACUGAAAACCGAAACACCAAAAGAAAUUAUGAUAAUUAUUAGUAGUACCAUUGCAUUUAUGGCUAUGACUGUGUACUAACUUUACUAGGGGUGUGAUGGAUCACAAUACAGUUUUUGAGGCACGGAUCUUUUUUUUCGGAAAUCGAAUUAAAUGAAUCAUAACACUGUCUUAUUGUAUAAAUUAAAUAUAAUUAUUAUUUUUUUAACGCUAAAGAAGUGAUUUUCUCUUUGUCUUGAGUUGUUUGAUUAAUAUUAACGACACAGACUUAAGUAGGUUAAUUGAGGUUACUGUCACUUUAAGACCAAAUAAGCACAGACUGGUUUCUGACUGUAAUCUAUACAUACACUUAAGACAUAAACAAAUGUUUUUUUUUUAGAAAAUGAAUACUGUUAAGAUCAUUUUAUGAUUUUAUGUUCGUUUGCUUUUUGAAAUGCGUCUCUGCCUGUAUGCACUACUGAGUGCACUUAAACACGUGCGCACACAGACGGAGGGUAAAUUCCAAAUGGCGCAACAUAAACAGUCGCUCUACAUAAAAAUAUUACGUUGCUUUUCAUAGCUCUAUUCGCCAAAUGUAUGUGAUCACAAAGUGCUUAAAGGCAGGAUA